AUGACGAACAUGUACUCCUUGGAUGGGAUUCCGGUGUUUGGUUUGCUCUUUGUUUGCACCUGUGCCUACUUCAAGAAAGUACCUGCGUCCUCAAAGGAAACCUGGCUGCUAUCAGAGAAGAAGGGUGUUUUGGGGAUCUUUGGACCAGCCGCUGUGAUUGGAACCAGGCUGCAUGCUGCUGUGGCAAUUGCUUGUGUUAUGGCAAUGGCCUUUUACGUCCUGUUUAUAAAGAUGAAUUCCAGUAUCCAGUCAUCGGCACAGCCAAGAGGACAGGGGAUAAGAACCUGUUGA